CUACACAGGCUCCUGAGACAGCACCUACAGCUGCCACAGCCCCUGCCUGCAAGUACCAUGAAGGUCUCCGCAGCUGCCCUCUGUGUCAUCCUCACCACUGCUGCCCUCUGUGUUCCUGCAUCUGCCUCCCCAUAUGCCUCAGAUACCACUCCUUGCUGCUUUGCCUACAUCUCCCGGGCACUGCCCCGCACCCACAUCAAGGAAUAUUUCUACACCAGCAGCAAGUGCUCCAACUUAGCAGUCGUAUUUGUUACCCGAAAGAACCGCCAGGUGUGUGCCAACCCAGAGAAAAAGUGGGUUCGAGAGUACAUCAACUCUUUGGAGAUGAGCUAGGAGAAGAACCACCUUGAACCUGACCUUGUAGAAACUCCGCUGCUGCUGCUUGUUCUGGUCUUAACCAGUUUAGGAAACUUCUCAAUCCCUACUCUCAUUCAUCCUUGGGAGGGCAUGGAUUCUAUUACAACACAGCAAUGCUAGCAGCUUCUCCCACUUAGAGGCUAAAAGAGCUAUCGAGGCCCUGCCGUGGCCAUGGGAAGUCUCUAGGUUCCCAGGCCUCUCACCUGGCCCACUGCUUAGCAAUGAGGAAGGGAGUCAGCACAUCUUUCAAGGCAAAGAAGCAAGGCUGGACUCCCACAGGAAUAUCUGGGGUCCAGUGUGCCCAUCUCUAGCUCUCACAAUGGCUUAGUGGCCAACAUUAGAAAUCAGCUUUUUAUUAAAAUUCUCAGUGCAAUUACAAA